AUGGCUCCCGCAUUAGAACUCCUCCCCAAGGCCGAAGACAUCCAGGCCCUGCCUUCCAAGGCAGUCAAUGCCAUCAGCAAUGCCAUCAACGGCAAUGGCGCUGUCCAGUUCGAGAGCGCCGAGAAGCACCAGCGCGUGCUGAAUGUCUUCAGAGCUUUCAUUGCCGAUCUCGUUCAGCAGUACGGUGAUGGACACCCUGGAGCCCCCAUGGGCAUGGCUGCCAUCGGUAUUGCGCUGUGGAAGUACGUCAUGAAGUACUCGCCCACGAAUUGCAAUUACUUCAACCGCGACCGAUUCGUUCUUUCCAACGGCCAUGCCUGCUUAUGGCAGUACCUCUUCAUGCACCUCGUCGGGGUCAAGAGCAUGACCCUCGACCAGCUCAAGUCCUACCACUCCACAGACCCCGGCUCGCUCUGCCCCGGCCACCCCGAAAUCGAGAACGAAGGUGUUGAAGUCACAACCGGCCCGCUGGGUCAGGGUCUCGCCAACGCAGUCGGCCUGGCCAUGGCGACGAAGAACCUCGCCGCGACAUACAACAAGCCCGGGCACGAGGUUGUAAAUAACAUGACCUGGUGUAUGGUCGGUGACGCUUGUCUCCAGGAGGGUGUUGGUCUUGAAGCUCUGUCCCUGGCUGGACACUGGAGGCUCAACAACCUCUGUGUCAUCUUCGACAACAACAACGUUACAUGCGACGGCACCGCAGAUGUUGCCAACACCGAGGACAUUAACACCAAGAUGCGCGCGACCGGCUUUGAGGUCGUGGAUGUCUACGACGGAGACUCGGACGUUGUUGCCAUUGUCAACGCCUUGAACUCCGCCCGCCACGCCACCAAGCCCACUUUCAUCAACAUCCGCACAACCAUCGGUGUCGGCUCCAAGCAAGCCGGCACAGCCGACGCUCACGGCGCCGCCCUCGGUGUCGACGAAGUCGCUAAAAUCAAGCGCGCCUUCGGUCUGAACCCCGAGGAACACUUCCACAUCCCUCAAGAUGUCUACGACUUUUUCGCCGAUGUGCCCUCGCGCGGAAAGACCCACGAGGCGGAAUGGCACGCGGCCGUCGCCAAGUACCGUGAAGCCGAGCCCGUCCUCGCCGAUGAAUUUGACCUCCGCGUCGCCGGAAAGAUGCCUGCCGACUGGACCAAGUGCAUUCCCGCCAAGGAGGACCUUCCUACCAACCCCACGGCCUCCCGCAAGUCUGCCUUCGUCGUGACCGACAAGCUCGGCCAGAACGUCAAGAACUUCCUCGUCGGAACGGCCGAUCUCACCCCCUCCGUCAACGUCGCUUACAAAAACAAGGUGGACUUCCAGUCCCCCGACCUCAAGACCGUCUGCGGACAAACCGGUAACUACGCCGGUCGCUACAUCCACUACGGCAUCCGCGAGCACGCCAUGUGCUCGAUCUCCAACGGUCUCGCCGCAUUCAACAAGGGCACCUUCGUCCCCAUCACAAGUACAUACCUCGUCUUCCACCUCUACGCCGCCGCCGCAGUCCGAAUGGCCGCCCUCCAGGGUCUGCACCAGAUCCACAUCGCCACCCACGACAGCAUCGGUGUCGGCGAGAACGGACCUACCCACCAGCCCAUCGCCGUCCCCGCCCUCUACCGCGCCAUGCCAAACAUGCUCUUCCUCCGCCCCUGUGACGCCGAGGAGACUGUUGGCGCAUACAUCGCGGCCAUAGAGCACGACACCACCCCCUCCGUCCUCGCUCUCUCCCGCCAAAACCUCACCCAAUUCCCUGAGCACUCUUCCCGCGAAGGCGUCAAAAAGGGCGCCUACGUCUUCGUCGAGGAAGAGGACUUCGACGUGACCCUCAUGAGCGUCGGCUCCGAAAUGGCCUACACCAUGGCGGCCCGCGAACUCCUCGCUAGCGAGGGCAUCAAAGCGCGCGUCCUCUCCUUCCCCUGCGCCCGCCUCUUCGAGCAGCAAUCCCGCGAGUACAAGCAAUCCGUGCUCAAGUCCCGCGCCGGCAAGCCCGCUGUCGCCAUCGAGGCGUACCCGUCUCUCGGCUGGGAACGGUACGCUGAUGCCUCCAUUUCCCAGAACCAAUGGGGGAAGAGUCUGCCGUGCAAGGAGGUGUACGAGCACUUUGGUUUCUCGGGGCCGAGUAUCGCGGAGAAGGUUAGGGGGUUUGUUGAGGAAGUUAAGCGCGAGGGCAUUGAGAGUCUCCGGGGUGACUUUCGGGAGUUGAAUGGGGGGCCGAGUUUGGGUGUUGAGCACCCGAAUGUGCAUUAG